CCCCCAACGUGGUGGAUCAUGGAGCGCACUGAAGGAGAAAACGUCUAUGUCUCAGAAAAUGAUUCAACAGUGGUUUCAACAUCAGAAGAAAGGAGUGGCCAACCUCCCCAAAUAUCCGUUGACCAUGGUGCUGAAAUCGCAUGCGACAGCAGUACCGAAAGGCCAGGUGACCAACACUCAGAAAUUCCCAUUGAUCCAUGUCCUCAAACUGAUGUGGACAGCACUGUGGUUGCUAAUAAAGAUAUUUCAGAAAAAUUCCCCGAAAAGAAAGACAUGAAUAAAAGCCAAGAUGAACCUCCUUAUGAACUUGAAAACCAGUUUAUAUUGCGUCUGCCUCCGGAACAUGCUUCUACUGUCAGGAGCAUAAUGCGUUCUGGAAGUGUCACCAUGAAGGAUAAACUAAAAAUUGACUUAUCUCCUGAUGGACGCCGUGCAGUUGUUGAGGUAGAAGAUGUCUCGCUAUCUGCUAAGCUGGUUGAUUUGCCCUGUGUGGUUGGAAGUCUGAAAACUUUAGAUAAAAAAACCUUUUAUAAAACAGCAGAUAUUUCCCAGAUGCUUGUGUGCAGUGGUGGCGACUUCCCUUCUCCUCAGGAAAAACCAGUUACUUUUACUGAUGCUAGUGUAACCACGAAUAAGGAAAAAGCAGUAGACAAAACUUAUGUCUGGAAGCAUGGAAUUACUCCACCACUUAAGAAUGUGAGAAAAAAAAGAUUCCGGAAAACAAAGAAAAAGUACAUUGAAUCACCAGAUGUGGAAAAGGAAGUGAAGAGAUUGCUGUGUUCAGAUGCUGAAGCUGUCAGUGCCCGAUGGGAAGUCAUUGCUGAUGAUGAAACCAAGGAAGUAGAAAGUCAAGGUUGCAUUGCAGGCUUUCCAGUAUCCCCAGGAAUGAGUGGUUAUAAGCCAAGUGAUACCUCAUCAGAGUACGAUAUGCUUCGAACCAUGUUCAGUGAUUCUAGUAGUAACACCCAUGAUGAGGAUGAGAAUGAAGAUCAGGAGGAGGAGGAGGAGGAGGAGGAGGAGGAAGAGGAGGAGGAGGAAGAGGAAGAGGAAGAAGAGGAAGAGGAGGAAGAGGAGGAUGAUGAUGACUUUGAAGAGACUUUAGAAAGGGAGCUACAGGCCAAGAUCAUUGAAUAUGGCCAGCAUGAGACAAAGGAAAGUGUCAGUUCAAUAGUUAUGGAAAUUCAGAAACAUAUUCAUUAUAAGGAGAAAAAGCUCCAAGAUAUUAAAAACAAAGCACAAAGACAGAAGAAUAUCAUGAGAAAAGUGGAAAACAUGACCCUCAAGAACCAUUUAAGGUCUGUGCUGGAGAAUCUUAGCAUACAAGAAAAACAAAGAAAUGUUCAGAUCAUUUCCCUAUAUGAACAACUGAACUAUUUCCUGAAGAAAAGAAAGGAGAGCUUUCAGCCUGGCAUAUAAACUUUGGAUUCACCAUCCAGACUAAAGGCUAGAGGAAAUUAUGUAUCUUUUUGUCCCUUUGGUUGCCUCAAUUGUAUAUUUUCUCGAAUGGUUUUUUUUUGCUAGAUAAAACAUGUUAGAAGUUCACACCUAUGUAAAAAUAGUACUAAAGCUAGUAGAUUUAAAGACCUCACUCAGUGAUGGACUCUGCUUCUCUUUCUCAAUUUUAAAAUUCUAUCAAUUGUUUUAGUGAUAUGGUGCCAUCAGGUGACUCAGCCACGCUUUCCAAAGGUAGACCUUCUUGCCUCAAAGGCCAUAUUACUGGUUUUCAUGUAUUUUAGCUUUUCCAAACUCUUCUGAUUGUUUUAAGUAUUUCCUACAACACAGAAAGAAAUCAGUUCAUUUCUGUCAUGAGCUAGGACCUGUCACAGUGAAUUUAAGUGCCUACCUGAAAGCAGUUAAUAAUAGUUUACAUUCUGUCUUUGUUCAGGUGAUAGGGCUGCUUUCUUGCUCAGGAAUAAUUUCUUGCUGCUGAUUUGUUCAGCCAUGCAUUUUGGACUGUGAUUGGUUGUUAUUCAUGAACAAUUAGAAGAGAGUUGAAAAACUUCGAGCUGUUAUUCUGAGCCUCCCAUUCUAAUCCCAUCAUAAAACUUUAGGAAAAACUAGAUACCUGUAAUGGCUAUGACAUUUAUUUAACAAUCCUGAGUCAUUUUGGAAUAUUUUUCUUUUCAUUUGUAUUAUGGUUUUCUGGUUUGUAUUCCUUAAGCAAUAAAGAAAUUAUUUC